AUGAAUGAAUUUUUGUAAUAGCUGUUCGAGAAAUCUCUUUGUAUUAAAUAGAAGGAGAAUAUCAUGUAUAUAAUUUCGACGAGAUACUUUAUUAAAGAAGGCAAAAAAGUUUAGAAUAAUAUAGAUGUGAAAGUUUUCCUAAAGUCCAAUUUGCUUAAGUUGUCAAUUAUUAUUAAGAAAUUCACAAAAUAAAAGGGAAAUGUAAAUAAAAAUAAAAUAAUAGAAUUUAAAUCAAUAUCAUCAAAUAAUACUCAUUCUGCUACUUUAUCAAAGGAUAACGAAGGGACUGUGUAUGAAUGGAAGAAUUAAAUCAUUCAAUAAGUUGGAGAAUCAGUAAAGGUUUAACUUUUUAUAUAAAUGUUUGAGCAUUAAUUUGUCUUUAGAUUUUCUUAUUUUGCUUGAUUACUAUAAAGAAAAUUAAUUACAUAUAAUGCAAAUAAUAGAUGCAUAAUCAAAAAGUGUUUAUUAAACCUAAUCUCAAGUGCCUUUUUAAACCAAAAUGUAAGUAAUUGUUAAUGGAAUAAAUACCUAUAUAAUUUAUGCCUAGCAUUUUAGUAAGUUUUCUAUUCUUUCGCUUCUUUCCGCUUAAAUUUACAACUUAAGCUGUUGGAAUAAUGAAUUCAUUGAUUUUGGUACAUCAAUUAAAAUAUAUCCUAAUAAUUAUAUUUUAAACUCAGAUUAGGUUUUAUAGUUUUCUAUAUCUGCGGAGUCCACUUUUUAAUUAUAAGCAACUUUUAAAUUAGUUUACAGAACACUUCAAGCUAUUAUUAAUGUUUAUUACAUUUAUUAAACCUACUCAUAAUGUGAUAGCAUAUUAGUAUAAUAAUUAGAAUACUAAUCGUAUAGACCAGAUUUGAUUCAAUUAUGGGGAUGUGAAAAUUAAAAAAUUAGCUGGAAAGAGAUGGUCCCGUAUCAAUCUAAGCUGAUACUCUAAAACAACUAAUUUAUAAUAUAAUACACCCAAGAUGAAAUCAGAAUCUCGUCGUAAUCAAGUUAGAGUUUUGAAUAUCAACUAAGCAGUUAAGAUAAUUCUUAAUUAUAUUUUAAUGCAAUUUUGUAUAUUUUCAUUUAAUUAAGUAUAAAAUCUCAUAUCCUUCUUUAUAAAUCAACUUAACUAAUUAAGAAAAUGGUGGAUAUACUUCUAAAUUUGCAAUUUGUGUCAGCCAAAUUCAUUAAAUUUUUAAAUUAUGCACAAAAAUAUCUUUUAAAAAUUACCCUUUAAGUUUGUUUUAAAAUGACACAAACAUUUAUGUAAUGUUUAAUUAAGAUUUUCAGUAAUAUAAUUAUACUUGGAAAAGUUAUGAUAUUGAAAUUUGAGAGUUUCUCUGGAUAAUUAUUAAACUACAAACUGAAUCAAGAUUAAUCAUUAUUAAAUUCUAAACAAUAAACAUUUAAUAAGGCUUUUAAAAUUAAUUAGACAUUGUAAUUAGCCUAAAUACUUUAAAUUAAUUAGAAGUUUAAUAAAGUAUAAUAUUUCUUUAUAGGCUAUAAUAAUCAAUCGUUCGAUAUUUUCAAUUGUGAUUUCAUUUAUUACUAUAAAAAAACUUCUAAAUCAUGUAUGAAAUUAAGUUCAAUUAACAUCUCUAUAAAGGCAUAAGCACUUAAAGUUAGCAUUUAUCCUGAAGUCAUAAUAAUAGGUCUAAGUGAUUAUGAUACAAUUUAUUUAUUUAAAUAAUACUAUGUUGAUAGUAAUGAAUACUCUUAAUCAAGUUUAAGUUUACAAUAGAAUUCUCAGAUUUUAUAGUCACUUAUAUGA